AUGAAGUACUCUGAGAUCGAAUCCCAGGCCCCUCAGAAGAAGAGCUGCCUCGAUGUCGCCUACAGGUGGAUCAUUCUGCUCUUCAUCAUGUGGCUCACAUUCGGCAGCUACUGGGUGUUCGAUACGCCCGGUGCCCUGUUCAAGCAGCUGCAGGUGUGGUUCGGCGGCCCCGACAAGUACACCUCUGCCGACAACUUGAACCUGUACUCCGUCUACUCGUACCCCAACACCAUCCUGUGCUUCUUCGGCGGCUUCAUCAUCGAUCGCCUCACCGGCCUCAGGAUGGGCGCGCUGCUGUUCUGCUCGUUCAUCCUGCUGGGCGAGUUGAUGUUCGCCGUGGGCAUCCAGGUGCAGCAGUACUACGUGUGCCUGGUCGGCCGCUUCAUCUUCGGUCUCGGCGGCGAGUCGCUCACCGUCGCGCAGAACAACUUCACCGCCCGCUGGUUCGACGGCCCGCAGCUCGCCCUGGCCUUCGGCCUCGUGCUCUCCUUCGCCCGUAUCGGCUCGUCGGUGAACUUUGCCGUCACGCCCUUCCUGGCCAAGGUCAGCGUGCCCUUCGCCGUGUGGUUCGGCGCUGGCACUUGUCUCAUCUCCUUCUCCGCCUGUAUCCUGCUGGCUGUGUUCGAUAAGGCGGGCGAGCGCCGCGCCGUGAACAAGGACGAGCCCAAGGAGAAGGAGACCUUCGCCCAGAUCCUGCUCUCGCUCCUCCAGGUCUUCAAGUUCCCCAUCGCCACCUGGUUCAUCUACUUCAUCUGCGUCUUCUUCUACGUCGCUUUCGGCUACAUGAUCGACAAGAUGGGCAAGGCUCUCUACUGGAUGCUUUGGUCUUGCUUCAUGUUGGUUGUGGCUCACAUGGGCUUCCUGGGUAACGCCAACGAGUGGUUCGAGAUUCACCCCAUCGUUAUCAUGGUCUGGCUCGGUAUCGGCUACUCCAUGUUCGCGGCCUCCAUCUGGCCUCUGCUGCCCUUCAUCAUUGCGCCCAAGCACCUCGGUACCGCCUACGGUGCCAUGACUGCGAUCCAGAACGCUGGUCUGGCCGUCCUUCCUCAGAUCAUCGGUGCUCUCCAGGGUGCCGACGGCAUCAAGGGCACCACCUGGCAGUACACCAUCCCCAUCAUGAUCUUCGUCGCUUGCGCUGGCGUCGCCGCCGGCUUGACCGUGUUGUUGAUCGUGCUGGACAACACGACCACCAACGGAAACCUGAACGCGUCGGGCGAGCUGCGGCAGGAGCUCAAGCGCGUCAUGCAGGAGGAGAGCGCUGCUGCGGGCGGCAUGUCCAUCAACGACACCGAGGAAAAGUCGCUCCUGAACUAA